AUGUUUCUCUUCUUCCUUUGCGACAGCCUCCUUUGCGGUCACAAGAGCUUUGGUGUCCGGCUCCACCAGCUCGCCGACGAGACACCUGACGCGAAGACAAACGCGGCGACAGCGCGGUCUGACCGUGCGGUCGACCGCGCCACGAGCCGUGUUUGUUCUGCGUGUUUGUGCAUCGCCAGCGGAGGGGCCUUGGUUAUGGGCGGUGGAGAUCAUUGUCCUCACUCUGCUGUGGGCUUGGCCAUGAAAGCACUCACAGAGCCUGCGGUCUACCAGGAGCUGGCCAAGGAUCCUAAGGUGAAUGUGCUCGUUUUACGUGCAGCGAUGAGCACUGCCAAGUGCCGAUCGCAUGGCGAACAGUUCCCCAAGGUGGUGAAAGAGCGGAGACAAUGUCAGAUGAUUCAAGAUUUGGAGACUCCAUGGAGUGUAUGUGAUCUUGAAGAUGUGAUCCGAGAUCGACCAGACCGCCAACGUUUUCCCGAGCUUGAAGCCUGUCGACUGCGUCAUGCUCAAGGCAUUUACGGAGGAGGGGACGACUUGCACUUCCGGAAGGAUAUCGCCGUGGCUGCGGGAGAUGAGCUAUUGAAAGCUUUGCGCCGCACGGCGCUGCAGAAAUAUCCGGAGAUGGAGGGCGACGAUAGCAUUCUGUUAGUUCUAGCAGCCGGCUGGAACACCGAAGAUGGGGAAUACAACUGCCUCGAUUCAGAUGGCCAUUGCUGGCGCAAGACAGAGCUGGUCGCCUUGGCGGAGCUUUGCGCGCUGAAUGGGCGCCCCUUCUCCAGCUUUCAUGCGAAGUUCGAGCAGCUGUUGAAUCGAUGUCAGGAGGAGCACAUUGCUUUCAUCUUCCAAGACUUGGCAUCCAUCACUGCUGCCUCUGUCGCUCCUCACUUCCCGAAGCCUUUGUCAAAGCCGUCCCAGCAGCUCUUGAGCGAGACGGUAAAAAGGAAGCGGCUUCGGGAGAAGACGGUGGCUGAGGAGUUAGCGGAGAUUACUGGGGUGCCGCUGGAUACGGCGGAGAGCAUCAUCUCAGUGGCAGGUGGCCUUUCUGAAGCCUUGGAGCAUCCCAUGUUCAAACAGGACAUGACGCGUGAAAUCAAGCAUGCCAGAAAUGAAGCACCCUUCCAAGAAUUGGUGCCAUCGCACAAGUCGAUUGACCUGGACGCACCAGAGGAUCCCGGGAAGGGUGCCAAUUCCGCUUUGUCCGAGUUGCUCAGCAUGGGCUUUCCACAGCUAGCGGCCGAGACCGCCUUGCACUGUGCGAAUGGCAACCUUUCGCAAGCCCUUGAGGAUUUGUUGUCCACAUAA